AUGGAUCGUCUAAACCCAUCAUCCAAAGAUUGCAUAGUUCCCCUUAUCGAAGAAAAUUCUCCUUGUAUUUAAAGCAACAAACAAGAGAUUGACUCCCAAUUUUUGUUACCCCAAUUUACAUAGAUGUUCCAGAAUCCUGACCUUCUACUUUAAACUGUCCAACUGGAAUAAUUGAAGCUACAAGCCCAAUUCUACUCUCAGAUGAAUAAUCUACCACUCAUUACUGAUGAACCUAGAGUCGUUGAUCUAUUCACCCAACAACUUCUCUAGUAAUAACUCAUGAUUAAUGCAGCUCUUCUCAAUCAAUUCUAAGGAGUUGAAAAUGCUAACUAGAGUCAAACCAAGGAUUUAGGUGAUAAUAAAAUUAAAAGAAAACAUAUUAAAAAAACCCAUAAUCCUCAGUUUAAUACAGGACAUUGGAGUGCCCAGGAACAUUAGGUCUAUUUGAGUUUCUUGUCACAACACAGGGAUGUGAUGGAAAGUUCUGAAUUAAAAAAAACCAACAAAAUCUUCAAACUGAUGUCUGACAUCAUUAAGAGUCGCUCGCCCUCUUAAUGUAGAUCUCACCAUCAGAAAUUCAACCCUUAUUCCAAAUAUUUGAUUAAUAAUAACAUUGUUCGUAGAAAAAUGAAAGAACAAUAGAAGGAUGCCCAACAAUAACAGUAGUAAAUUUCAGAAAAUGAAAAUAAUCAGUAAUAGUAAUCCCAAGAGUCCAAUUUAAAGAUUGAGUUCCAACAACAAUUGCAGGAAUUCAAAGUGGAAUCACAGCAAUAACUGCAAGAUUCCAAUGCCAGAGAAGAUUAACAACAGGCUAGUGGCCAGGAUUGA